CCCUGGUCAACUCGAUUUGAUUGUGACGUGUGCGUUCUGUGACUGCCCCUUGACUCAGGUCUCGCCCGGCUCAGUACCGUCACAUCGCCCACCCCACCAAAGAGAAUUCUUGGCUCUAUCGGCUUCGGUGGGGCUAGAUCGACGUAAUAUGUUCGUGUAAGUCGCUGCAUGCGAUUCGGACGAUAAGUCGAUUCCAAAGGUGAGACGACGGACCGUUCAACACCGAAACGGGUGAAAGAUACGGAAAAGCUUGUAUCGAAAGGGAGGGACUCGGCAAUUACCUUGUUCCAUACGUACCUAUUCUGUAUCACGUCUCAAGUCGUCGUCACCCCCACCUCGAUAGACAUGCUUUCUUUGCGCCGUCGUGCUCUUUUUUCCUUUCUUUUUCUUUCCCACCUCUUUUACCCCAUACUUCAUAACCGGUGCUGUAAUCCAUCAACUUGUCAUCAGUUCGAUUUCCUCCGGAGCAGUGUCGCGUGAGAAACUAAAGUUUCAUGGCCCUCACCCACCGGCUCUCGCUCACCGGUCCAGACCCGACGGACCCCGAAGACUUCCUCAGCGCCUCGCUGGGCGUCAUCUUCCCCGACGACGUGACCAACCAGCACGGCGACGCGGAGCACGGGCUGCUGUACACGUCGCCGCACCUUCCGCGCCCCGUCGCGCUCGCGCUCGCCGACGUCCAGUCCGAGUCCGACCGCGUCCUGUGGAGCCACUGCCUCUGGAACUCGUCGCUGCUGCUGGCGGAGCUCGUCGAGGCGGGCACCCUCGGCUUGGGCGGCGAGGAUCGCGGUGGUGAUUGUGAUGGUGACGGUGGUAUUCCCUGGGAUGGUGGCGUUGCGCCGCCCCUGAGGGGGUUUGAUGUUUCUGGUUUGAGCGUGAUGGAAUUGGGUGCUGGCACGGCGCUGCCGUCGAUCAUGGCGGGGCUGUUGGGCGCGAAGAGGGUCGUGGUGACGGAUUAUCCGGCGCCGGCGGUGCUGAAAACCCUGAAGGGCAACAUUGCUGCGUCGGUCAAGAAGGAGCUCGCGCCGGCCGGGAGGUUCGCGGUCGAGGAGGUGUUGGCCGGGGCCCACGGGUGGGGCGAGUUGGACACGCCGCUUGCGCUCGAGAAUAAGCAUGCCAUUGACCGGGUGAUCGCGGCGGACUGCUUGUGGAUGCCGUGGCAGCAUGAGAAUCUAAGGCGGUCGAUCGCGUGGUUCCUCGGCCAAGGGGAGGACGCCAGGGCGUGGGUCGUCGCUGGGUUCCAUACGACACGGGACACAAUGCGUGCCUUCUUCGAGACGGAGGCGCUCGCAGCGGUUGGACUCGAGGUGGAGCAUAUGUGGGAGCGUGACUGCGACGGGCAGGACCGUGAGUGGGCCUGGGACCGCGGUAUUGAAGACGUGAGCCUGCGGAAGCGAUGGUUGGCGGUGGGUGUGUUGAAGAGGAUACGGAAGCCUGUCGGGGAGGGCGAGGGGGGCCUGUGAUAGGCGAGAGGGAAACCGUAGACUUGAAUCGAGUUUUGUUCAGCUCCGGCCGAUUUCGGGUCGUGUAUUCUGUAGCCGGACUUGGGCUUGACCAUCACCCAGUAAACGUUGAGGGAGGCGAAGGGGGGGCGUCGUGCCCUUAUAUACACUCAGCAUGCUCCCGGGCACCGCGGCAAUCAAAGCAACCAUGGUUAACUCGAUUGGGCAACGCUUGACUCGUGGCGUGGACGCUGAUUCUUCCAUGGGCAUGCCAACGGACCAACCCGGCCCCAUGCUGACACGGGCCGAAUAUUGACCACAGAGCUUGCCCCGAUGGAGAAGCGAGCUCGAAACCCAUGGGAACUCCUGCCAGAUGCCGGCUGAACCUGGUCACCGGGGGGUGUGUUGGGGACACACGGAGGGGAC